AUGACCGAACUAACAUCAAAAAACAAUGAACCGACAACUGUCAGCGGUACUUCUUCAAAGAAAAAGAUCCUCAUCAAUGCGUUCGACAUGAGCACAGUCGGUCACCUCUCUCCCGGCCAAUGGAAGAACCCCAAAGACAAAUCUGCAACCAAGCGCAAACUCGACUACUGGAUCAAUCUUGCCAAGCUGCUGGAGCGCGGCGGUAUCAACGCACUCUUCCUCGCCGAUACAUACGGCGGAUACGAUACCUACGAGGACUCCCUCGACAACUGCAUCCGCCGAGCCGCGCAAUGGCCUAUGACAGAUCCCACGAUUCCGAUCUCAGCCAUGGCCGCUGUGACGAAGAACCUUGCGUUUGCGGUUACUGCAAGCACGAGUUUUGAGCCGCCGUUUUUGCUGGCGAAGAGGUUCAGUACGCUGGAUCAUUUGACUGGCGGGAGAUUUGGGUGGAACAUUGUCACGAGCUGGAAGAAAGCAGCGUUCAAGGCGAUUGGGUUGGAGAAUCCGAUUGAGCAUGAUGAGAGGUAUGCGCAGGCAGAUGAGUAUCUGCGAGUUCUCUACAAGCUUUGGGAAGGCAGUUGGGCAGAUAACGCUAUCACCGAGAACAAGAAAAACGAUGAGUAUAUCGACCCCGAUCGGAUCCGGACUAUCAAGCAUAAUGGGAAGUUCUUCCAUCUCGAGAGCAGACACAUCGUCGAUCCCUCGCCGCAGCGCACACCCUUUCUCUUUCAAGCUGGAACCUCUUCAGCAGGUAGUGAGUUUGCUGCAAACCAUGCAGAAGCCAUCUUCGUGUCUUCCCACUCCCCAGUCGUACUCAAACCCAAGAUUGAAAAGAUCCGCGAGCUGGCCAAAGAGAAGGGUCGUGACCCGCAAAGCAUCAAGUUCUUUGCAACUUUCACUCCUAUCCUGGGAAGGACGGACGAGGAGGCACAGCAGAAGUACGAAGAGCUGAGGCAGUACGCUAGUGAGAUUGGUGGUCUGGUGCUCGUGUCUGGCUGGACUGGCAUUGAUCUGAGUCAGUACCCGCCGGACAAGAUUCUGACUGCUGAUGACGCAACUACGGAUCAUCGAGUGAGGAGUCUACUGGAUCAAUUCACCGUCACAUCGCCGGAGGUACCGGAGUGGACGCCCAAGGUAAUAGCUGAAAAGGCGUCGAUUGGAGGACUGGGACCUGUGAGUGUCGGGAGUCCGCAGACCGUGGCUGACGAACUCGAGCGGUGGGUACGAGAAGCUGAUGUUGAUGGGUUCAACAUUGGAUAUGUCACGACCCCGGGGAGCUUCGAGGAUGUUGUGGAUCUCUUGGUGCCGGAGUUGAGGAAGAGAGGAAUUUACUCUCAGCCGGAAGAGGAAGGGCUGACUGCCAGAGAAAAGGUGUAUGGAAAGGGACAAUCGGGACUAAGGGCCGACCACACCGGAAGCCAGUAUAAGUACGAUGUGUACGAUGAGAACAGGACUUGA